CCGCCUCUCGAAUCUUCUUGAGACAGUUUGGCUCCCAGCGUGCAGUGCGUACGCCCCGGGUCGGUUCUACCCGGAAAACGGAAGUGUAAAAACUUCCGGUCGUCGAGAUCCUGUGGCGUGUGUAUUCUUUUCUCAGGUAAAACAUGGCUAAAAGCUUACGGAGCAAGUGGAAAAGAAAGAUGCGCGCUGAAAAGAGAAAAAAGAAUGCCCCAAAAGAGCUCAGCAGGCUUAAAAGUAUUCUCAAACUAGACGGUGAUGUUUUAAUGAAGGAUGUUCGAGAGAUAGCAACUGUGGUGGUACCCAAACAUUGCCAAGAGAAAAUGCAAUGUGAGGUAAAAGAUGAAAAAGAUGACAUGAAAAUGGAGACUGAUAUUAAGAGAAACAAAAAGACUCUUCUAGACCAGAAUGGGCAGUACCCAAUAUGGAUGAACCAAAGGCAAAGAAAAAAGCUGAAGGCAAAGCGAGAGAGAAGAAAGGGGAAAAGUAAAGCAAAAGCAGUGAAAGUGGCGAAGGGUUUGGCCUGGUAGAUUCUUAAAACCUUGGAAAAUGCCACAUGGGACAGAUGAUGGAUUAGAACGUAUACACAUGUAUACUUUGAUUUCAGCUCCCACCAAAUGAAAACUAUUUGUUUUCCUAUUUUAACUUGGCCUUUUUUCUUCAAUUCAAACCAGCAUAACUCCUCAAGUUUGUUUUGGGAACUUGAAUAAAAUACUUUGUUUCAUACA